CGCAAAUUUGGCAGCAAAAAACACUCACAAAAUGGUCUAUACAGAGCGUACGGAUAAGUGCACCACCAGCACCAAGGAUAAUCACAGCAGCAAGGACCGUUCGCGGUCCAACUCCCAGUCACAGGGCAGCAGCAGCAAGCCCAGCCACAGCUCGGGCGCGUGGAGCAGCCAGGCCUCGAGCUCGGACAAAUGGAAGUACAACAACAUGGUGCGAGAGGAUCGGGAGCAGUUCAACGGAAUGCAUUUCUCCUAAACGGGGAGAAGGCAUCACACUUAGUUGUAGUACUCGCUUAAUGGACUUAAGUAUUGCCAUGUGAUACGUGAAAAAAGAAACCGAAAAUCGAAAUUCCAAUUGGAUAAGACAAAAUUAAAA